AUGUCCGACUUCCUCGUCCAUGGCCCUCGUCAUGGACCCCGAGUUACCCUAGUUAAGAACACCGGCUCAAGUCCGACACAACCGUCUUCACUCGAACCUCUUAGGGCUAGGAGCAGAAGAACGUCUAAGAGCCAUGUUGCUUCCCCGCUGUCCGUGCUUGUCCGGGGUGCCGGCAGUCUCGCUCUGGCGUGGCGAGAUGGUCUCGCCGGUUCCGAGCACGCAGGCAAAGGGAAAGGAGCGGAGCGGAGGCAGAUACUAGCCGCCCGCAUGCAGAAUGCCACCACCUUAAAAGAGUGGGAGACAGCCGCCGCUGAGCUCGACAAGCUCGAGGGCAACAAUGAGUGGAAACGCGAUGAUACAAGCGGCGAAUACGACUACCGCGCAGAGCAAAUUCGGGCCAAGCUGGAAGAACUGGACACGGCCCGAAUCAACUGCGACAUCAGCACCAUGAUGUAUCUGAUCAGGACUGGAUUGUCGCGUGAUGUGGGCGGCAUGGGGAACUUGGAUCUCUAUCGCCACUCCUACGUCGGGACCAAAAGGUUGAUUGAGCGGUACGUCGAUUCCGCCAUCGAGACCAUCCAGUCGGUGGUCGAGAAGAGCACCUAUCAGACCGAGAUGGAUCUUAAAGACCUGCUCGAAGGCAUGAUUUGCGCUCGGCAAAGCUUUGGGCGGAGCGCAUUGCUCUUGAGCGGAGGCGGUACGUUUGGUAUGGCGCAUAUUGGCGUGCUCAAGACCUUAUACGAACAAAAGCUCCUGCCUCGCAUUGUCUCGGGCGCAUCUGCCGGAUCUAUCGUCUGCUCCGUCCUGUGCACGCGUAAGGAUGACGAGAUCCCCGGCUUGAUCAAAGGAUUCCCGUUUGGCGACUUGGGCGUAUUUGAGGGCGAGAACGAGGGUAUAUCAAGCCAUCUUCGUCACCUCUUGACUAAGGGGAGCUGGUCCGACAUUUCGAACCUGACGAGGGUGAUGCAGGGCUGGCUCGGAGACGUGACCUUUUUGGAGGCUUACAAUCGGACACGGCGGAUAUGCAACAUCUGCGUGUCGUCCUCGUCCAUCUACGAGGUUCCGCGGUUGCUCAACUACGUAACUGCGCCUAACGUCUUGAUAUGGUCCGCCGUUGCUGCCUCGUGCUCCGUUCCCCUAGUUUUCCAGGGUCACCCGUUGCUCAUGAAGAAUCCGGCGACCGGGAAGCACGAGCCUUGGAUCCCGACGCCGCAACAGUUCAUCGAUGGAUCCGUUGACAACGACCUGCCCAUGACUCGUCUCGCCGAGAUGUUCAACGUCAACCACUUCAUCGUCUCGCAGGUCAACCCGCAUGUCGUUCCCUUUCUCGCUAAGGACGACCAACCCUCUCCGGGGAAGAUACACCAGGAGCCAUCUGUGACCCGUCGAGGGUGGAUUGGGGAACUGACAGCGAUGGCUAAGGAAGAAAGUCUGCACAGGAUGCAAUUUUUGGCCGAAAUGGGAUUUUUGCCGAACCUGCUCACCAAGCUCCUGUCCGUUCUAAGCCAAGCGUACUCUGGUGACAUCACGAUCCUCCCCGAGAUUGCGCUGCACGACCUCCCACUCAUCCUGAAGAACCCAACGCCCGAGUUCAUGCUACGCAACUGUUUGAUGGGCGAGAGGGCGACGUGGCCAAAACUGAGUCGCAUCCGAGACAGGCUGGCUAUUGAACUCGCCCUCGACAAGGCGGUGCACAGUCUGCGCGCGCGCGUCGUGUUCAGCAAGAGUCAGGUCAAUCUCCGUCGGGCUAUGGGUGUAUGGCAGCCAGUAGCCUAUAAUCUGAGCAGCGGCAGAGGCACCGGCACCGAUGGUGGAGAACAGAACCCGCCCUGCAUUCGUGUCGUCCAACCGCCGAGUUCAGGGGAAGUGACGCCAACAGAAGACCGGACGUUUGGUCGGCGGAGGGGUUCCGGAGCUAGCAUACAGCUCGUCGUCGCCAGGCAUAAGAAGCCGUUCCAGGAUGCGGACGAGCAGUCAGACGAGGAUGAGCGGUUGGAACUGAAGGUUAGGUCCCGGAAGGUUAAUCGCCCAGGUGGUGGACCAUCCAAGCCACGCCUUAAGAGGAACGCUAAGAGCCACAGCCAUAUACGGGUUUUGAAGCCAGGCGAGGUCCAGCCCCUUCCAAGGGUUGCUCUGUCCCCCUCGGACUUUUGGAAGCAAGAUUUGCAGAGCGGAGAUGUCUCGACCGGCACAGACAGCACGCAGCCGGAGGAAGGCUCCGUGGUCGUUCAUGCGGACACUCCAAGCACGGGAUUGGAGCUUCCAUCACCUCCAGAGGCCGAGGGAGGAAGCCAAGCUUCGGAUGGCGGUCUACGGGGCGACACCGGCCCCUACGAGGAGAGCGGCAGCCACGGCUCCGUUCCACUUAAGAAGGAGUCGCUGUCUAAGUUGCGGUAA